AUGUUGCUACCCAAACCCGGCGCAAACCAAAAUUAUUGUCACGUAUCCGCACUCGAAUCCGGUAUGCUCACACUGCCGAUGGAGAUGGUUCUAGCAAAUGGCGAGGGCGCUCCUGACACCCCCGUGCUAUCAUUCCUGUUACGUCACUCGUCGUCUGGGAAGACUAUCGUCUUUGACCUGGGUAUAGAGCGAGAGUUGAAGGGCUAUCCACCGCAUGUGAUUUCGUUUAUCAACGAGCACUUCAAGCCUUGGGUGCCUCAGUCAAUCGAGGAGUCACUCCGUAAAGGUGGUCUUGACCCAUCUGCUGUGGAUUAUGUCAUCAUCAGCCAUCUACACUGGGAUCAUUCGGGGGAUCCACGACCGUUCACAAAGGCGACGAUAAUGGUCGGUGCAGACAGUAAGCACAUCUGUUCACCGGGUUAUCCAGAAGACCCCAGCGCGAUGGUACCCUCGGAGCUUCUCCCCAAGGAUCGGACCAAGUUCAUGAGCCGCGACGCUUGGAAGCCGUUAGGACCUUUCCCACUCGCCCUCGACCUAUUCGAUGACGGGAGCGUUUACGUCGUCGACGCGCAGGGCCAUUGUCCCGGCCAUAUCAACCUGCUCAUGCGCACAUCCGCAGACGGAGGUUGGCUCUACCUCGCUGGAGAUAGUGCACACCACAGACACAUCCUCACCGGGAAAGCAACAAUGGCCACUACAACGAGCUCGGAUGGUGUUGUGAAGGCGCGGAUGCACCACGACAAGGAUAAGGCGGAAGCGCACAUCCGAUGCAUUGCAGAACUUCGCAGUCAAGACCGUGUGCUCGUGCUCCUCUCGCAUGACACAGACUGGUACGCAGCCAACAAGGAUGGGAAUGCGUUUUGGCCGGGGACGAUUCCUGCUCUUUAG